AUGACAUUGGUAACUGAAGCCAGGUCGCCUUGGAAGAAGAAUGUCCUCAUCUUCUUGGUGGCAUUGACCUCCGGCGUGACCGUUGCCCUAGGCCCGAUGAUUACUCCCGGCCUACCCAUACUGGCACAGGAAUUUCAGAAGAGCCCUGAUGUGAUUUCAACCUAUCUGGUUGGCCUUUUCAUUCUUUGGACCGGCAUCUUUACGUUCUUUACCUCUGCAGCUGCUUCCGUCUGGGGGAAGCGGGUUAUAUAUUUGACCUCUGGCGCCGCUUUGCUUGCCCUGAACGCAUGGGGCUUUUUCGUCAAGUCGUUUGUGGAAUUUGUUGCGAUGCGACUCCUACAAGGGUUCGCCUCGGCACCCUAUGAGACGCUCGUGACCUCCACCGUUCAAGAUAUAUUCUUCGUGCAUGAACGUGGGAAGAAACUUGCAAUAUGGGGGUUCAUGAUCACGACGGGGGUCCUCCUUGGUCAAGUCAUUUCAGGCUAUAUAAUUGAGAAUCUUGGUGUCAAGUAUACUUUCGGUAUCUGCGCCUUGAUCUACAUUCCCCUUUUGAUUGCCACUUUUUUCUUUGUCCCCGAGACCGUGUACGACCGUCGUGUCCGGAGCAAGGACAUCGACCUCGACGGGGACAACAAAUCCUCCGUCCGAAUAGACGUCUCGAGUGACUUUCAGAAACCCCCGGUCUCUGCUUUGGCAGUAUUCCGCGGUCGGGUUUCGAAUCAAAGUUUCUGGAAACAGGUUGUCAAGCCAUUCCCGCUCUUCAUUUACCCGGCAGUGAUUUUUGGAGGCUUUAUCUAUGGAAGCUUUUUCACCUGGCUGGUUGUCCUAGGGGUUGUAUCUGUGCCGAUGUUCUCAGCACCACCAUACAACCUGACUCCUUCUCAAGUGGGGCUGACCAACCUUCCACUACUCUUCACCGGUCUUGUCGGAGCCCCAAUCUCAGGCUGGAUGGCUGACAAGGUUGUUCGCUCCAUGGCGAAGCGGAAUAGGGGGAUAUACGAGCCGGAAUUCCGUCUCACCCUGAUGAUUAUUGGAGCUCUCCUCUCCACCGCGGGUUUCAUUGGGCUAGGCAGUUCUGUUGACAUGGGUGCACCGAUUGCAUGGCCCCUAGGUUUUGCAGCCUUUCACUCACUGGCGAUUCCGUUCUCCACCCAGGCCGCUUACACUUAUGUGGUUGAUUGCCACCCCGACGACGCCAACCAAGCUUUCGUCACAAUCGGACUGGCGAAGGGAGUCUUGACCUUUGUGGCCACCACGUUUGUGAGUGGUUGGUUCGAAGCUCAAGGCGCCAAGAAGUUCUUUUGGACAAUUGGUGCUAUUAAUUUCGGGGUGUGCACACUCACGAUUCCUAUGUACAUCUUUGGGAAGAGAUUUCGGGCUUUGGUAAGUUUUAUUGACGAUAGACACCGUAUCAACACUGACCAGUCAAAGGUCGCCCGCAAAAUCGGAAGCAGUAUCUCGGGUUAG